AAAUGCAAUUCCAUACUCGCGACACCAGCUAACCAGUCGGUGCAAGACAAUUAACCUACGCACCUGCUCGUUUUGCCCUCGCGUUGAGGGACGGUGCGCCGCAAUCAAAGUGGCCACGGAGCAUUUGUCCAACAAGCCUCUCAACAGAAGAAAACGAUCAACCGUCUCAACCCUCAACACACACGGUGGGAGGAGGAACGGUGGCAACAGAUUGUUACCACUACCUACCGACCCCACCCUCAACCAUCCCUCCUCCUCCUUCUCCUCCGAAAGUGCAGAGCUGCGCGGAUGGUGGAUGAUCUCUAUCUGAGCGCAACACUGACCCGCUGCUAGCUGUGUGUGUGUGUGUGUGUGUGUUUGUGCGCGCGAUGGAUUUUCGCGAACUGAUUAAUGUGGCCAAGCAAAACGCGCUCGAGCAACAGAAUGGCACCAAAACGAACCGCACAGGGUACAGUGCCAAGUAUUCGCCGCCGAAGAAGGUCACCAAGGAGAAGAAGGACCUGUCGGAGAACAUAAAGCGCUUUCUGGCGAAGCGCGAGGAGGAGGAGCGGCAGAAGGCGCUGGAAAAGCACCAGAAGGCCCAGGAGCUGAUGGCGCGCCGGGGCGGCAAGGGGAAGAAAAAGAUCGAAAAGAUGCUGAAGGUGAUCAAGUCGGCGAACAAGUCGGUGCUGGAGGACGCGGCCGACGCGGCGGAGUGUGCGCUCGGCACGGAGAGCCUCGAGGACGACUACGGCUACACGUCGGCGGUCGCGAGCCAGUUCUUCAACAAGCUGGUGGACAAGUACAAGAACGCACCGGACGAGUCGCUGUUUACCGAGGCGAAGAAGCGCAGCAUGUCGAGCGAGGAGCUGGCGCGGGCCCGGGCCCGCGUCAAGGACGCGAUCAUGAAGGAGCAGGAGGAGCAGAGCGCACCGCGCACCCGGAAGCCCCGCACGGCUCGGGUGGAGGCGGAGGACACGCGGAGCGGCGUGGGUGAGGCGCGUGGGGUCGCGUGUGCGCCGGUGGCCGGGCGGCGGGAGGAGCCGGUGGCCGCGAAGCCGGCGGAGGAGAAGCCCCGGCCGGUGCGCAGGGCGAAUGUGCCGCCGCCGCCCGACUUCACCACGCUGCUGAAGCUGGCCGAGGCGAAGCAGCACGAGGCGGUCAAGAUCGAGGUGCCGGCCGAGAGCCGCAAGCGCGAACCGGAGCGGCCGAUGACGAGCAAGGAGAAGCAGGAGUACGAGGAGCAGCAGGCCUUCCUGGCGAUGAAGCGGCUGCGGGACAAGGUGAAGCAGGACCCGAACCUGUCCGACAAGGAGAAGCAGGCGAAGUUGGCCCGGCUGGACGAGCUGCGGGCGGCCGGCAAGCUGCCGAACAUUCCGCCGCUGCCGGUCGGUAAGGGUGGAAGGGCCCCGGCGGCGGCAAAGCCAGCCGCCCCUCCCGCCCGGGCCCCGGGCUUUAAAAUUCCAAAGCGCAACGAAGCGGGCGAGCCGGCCAAACCGGGCGAGAAGGGUUUGACCGGCCCGCCGCCCGCUGCGACGGGCGAGCCGAAGGCGAAACUUUCUAGCAGCACAAAGACUACCAGCAGCAGCACCAGCGGGUUGACCAACGGUAAGGUGGCCUCCUCCGGUGUGCCACGAGCCAGCCCGGCCACACCUGCCGUCCCCGCCGCACGCACCAGCAAACCGGGCGCGCCUUCCACGGCCGGUGCGGCACCCCCGCCCAAAGCUUCCGCACCGGCACCGGCAGUGAACGGGAAGUCGUCCGCGGCGCCCAGCAAACCUUCUUCCAUGUCUUCCACGGCGGUCAAAAGCAAACCGACCACCACCGCAGCGUCCGCCCGGCCGCAGUCCUCGUCGGCGGGCUCGAAACCGAGCGCCUCCGGCACCUCCCGGCAGCCAUCGACAGCCACCAGUAGUGCCAGCAGCGCAGCGGCGCGUCCGGCACCGCAGCAGCAGCAGCAGGCGAAGCGUCCACCGGAACCGGUCGCCAAAACGCGCCAGUUCCCGCCGCCCGACGUGCGACGGGGCCCGCCGGUGGCGAAGCGGCCCGGCGCCGGUCCGCCCACGAUGGGGGGCGGCCGGCCGCACCCGGGUGCGGGCGGUGGCCCCGGCAAGAAGCGGCGCAUCAUCGACAGCGACAGCGAGUACGACAGCGAGAUGGACGACUUCAUCGACGAUGGCGACUGCGAGGAGGACUACUCGUCCGCGAUCAAGGAGAUCUUCGGCUACGACAAGUCCCGGUACCGGCACGAGGCGUACGACGACGAGGACGACAACAUGGAGUCGUCGUACGCGCAGCAGAUGCGGGAGGAGUACAUCAGCAAGAAGAUCGGCCUGAUGGAGGACCUGGAGGACAUGCGCAUGGAGGAGGAGGAGAAGCGCCGCAAGACGGUGAAGAAGAAGGGCGGGCCGCCGAAGCGGAAAUAGUGGACAGUGGUUGUGUUUCUCUGUUCGCUUCCAUCUGCACUUAUUUAAUUCUAACGGGCCCGGACAAACAAGGAAGGUGGCCGGGCAGAAAGAGGAAAGGGUAAACGGGGCCAAUCUCCUCAAUUCUCUCAAAAACCACCCAGCCCGGUCGUCGGGUAUGGCGGCGGCGAAGGCGGUUUUCUAACGAUUCGUUUUAUUUAAAUUAAAGCGUUCAUGUAGAUUUAUAUUUGUUUUUAUUUGACAGUUAAGGAUAACAUGUAUUUUUGGGGGAUUUUUAACGUCACCCCAAACUCCCUUCCCAAUCCCUCUCUUUUUCCCUCUCUCUAACUCUCUCUCUCUCACUCUCUCUCUCGCUUGCUUCAUUAUCCCAUAAUUUAGAUGAUCAACUCUGGUGCAACACCAACAUUUGCAUCGUUUUUUUUUGUUUGUUUAUUUUAUUUCGCCCAUGUGCGUUCCGUUGCGAAAGUAGAAAGCAAUAGCACGUGUUGCGCAGCUGUUAACAAAAUUUGAAUUAGGGUUUUUUUUAUUUCGACACCCUCCCAACACACACACACAUGCCAGUAAAGUAGGCUGUUCAUUGCAAAAGAGUGGAAAGCACGGAGAAAGCACACAGAAUGCCGUUGAAAAAAAGAAAGAGUCUGAUAGCUUAAAACUGAAGAAAUAUAUGGAUUUUUGUCACAAA